GCAGGUCGGUGUGGGAGGAGCCGGGAGAAGCAGGCAGGUCUAUAAAGUGUGUGUUUCAGAGUUCAGUCAACACAACACUCCUGAAGAGCUCCAGUACACACACAGGAAGAACUCCAGCCUAUACAAGGAAUCAUGGCCAAGCGUGUUGCAGUUAUUCUCUCGGGCUGUGGCGUCUAUGACGGCACAGAGAUCCACGAGGCCUCCGCUGUUCUCGUCCACCUGAGUCGCGCUGGAGCAAAAGUGCAGAUGUUUGCUCCGGAUGCAGUUCAGAUGCAUGUUGUAAAUCACUGCGACGGGAAACCCACGGCUGAGACAAGAAACGUCCUGCAGGAAAGUGCACGUAUUGCCAGGGGCGAAGUGACUGAUCUGGCCAAGUUAGAUGUUACAGCAUUCGACGCCGCCAUCAUCCCAGGGGGGUUCGGCGUGGCUAAGAACCUGAGUGACUGGGCAGUGAAGAAUAAGGACUGCACCGUCCAGCCACAUCUGGAGAAGCUCAUCAAGGCUUUCCACAAGGCCGGAAAACCGCUGGGCAUGUUGUGCAUCUCUCCCGUCCUCGCCGCCAAAGUCCUGCCAGGCUGUGAGCUCACUGUGGGACAGGACAAAGAGUGUGAAACGUGGCCAUUUGCAGGGACAGCAGGGGUUUUGAAGGAGAUGGGCUGCAAACAUGUGAACAAGGACGUGGGAGAAGCUCAUGUCGAUGUCAAGAACAAGCUGGUCACCACCUGUGCCUUCAUGUGCAAUGCACCUUUUCACAAAGUAUUUGAUGGAGUAGGUGUCUUAGUCAAAGAGACACUGAAACUGGCUUAAGAAGUCUCUCUACUCACAGUCUAAAUGUUUUGUUUUUAUUCACCUUAAAUGUGUUUUUGUCUGCAGAAGAACUUCCUUGUCUCAGUGCAUUCGUCCAUAUCGUUAUAUUAUCAUUGUGUUGUAAUGGGGUUCUCAAUAAAAGCAACUUGACACAUUACAA